GAAGACGUCAAAAUUAAAGAUGAAGAUGAUGAAGAAGAUGAAGAUGAUGAGUUAAUUAAUUUAAAACCAGAAAGAGAUGAUUCUUCAUUUGUGUUCUCUGCUCACACAGAUGAAGUCUUCUGUCUGGCAGUUACUGGCAGUGGUGAGGAGUUGUUGGCAAGUGGUGGUAAGGAUGAUUGCUGUUUCGUUUGGAAGCCAACUGACGGCUCAGUGUUAUUCCAAUGUCCAGGCCACACAGAGUCCGUUGUAUGUGUUGCUUUCAGCCAUGAUUCCAAGUACUUAGCUACAGGAGAUUUGAAUGGCAUGGUUAAAGCUUGGGAAAUGAAAACGGGUAAAGAAGUGUGGUUCUUUGAAGUGGCAGAAGUUCAGUGGUUAACAUGGCACCAGAAAGUUUCAUUCCUUUUAUGUGGAGCUGUUGAUGGCAACAUCUGGCUGUGGAACGUCCCACAUGGGCACACAAAAAUGUUCCCAAACCACUCAGGAUCAGCAGUGUGCGGAAGUUUUUUCUCGGAUGGUAAAAGAAUGUGUGCAGGCUACGAAGACGGCAGCGUCAACAUCUGGGACUUGAAAACUGUAACAAGCUUGUAUUCUUUUCCUCCCUCCCCCAGACACCAUUCAUCUUCAGUCACAUGUGUGGAUUGUCACCAUGGUAACGUACUUGUGGCUAGUGGCUCUUGCGAUGGAACUGUUCUCCUCAUCAAAUCUUCUACUGGGCAGCUUCUCAAUAAACUGAGCAUUGUAACUGAACCCUCCACGAGUAGAAUGGAGCAAGAGAAAGAAGAUGCAGCUGACGAACGAGUCGAAUCAUUAUCGUUUUCAAAAUCCAAUCAGUACAUAGCAGUGGGAGGUGCUUCGGGCAAAGUCAUUGUUUAUGAUAUAACGACAAACCACGUGAGACUUCAGAGCAAUGGCCACAAUGCAGAUGUCGUGAAAAUCGUGUGGCAUCCGACCAUGCAAGACCUCCUCUUCUCCUCGUCCGUGGACGGCUCCGUGAUAAUGUGGAAUGUGAGGACUGCUCAACAGGUCCAGUUAUACAUCGGUCACGCUGCUUCCAUUCUAGAUCUUAAUAUCAGCAGAGAUGGGGAGAAAAUAUAUACAGCAAGUGCAGACCAUACAGUUAGGGUUUUUGAAACUAGAAAAAAAAUUGACUGUCUCCAAUUAAAUUUAUGCUGA